AUGAAACCCAGUGUCAGCGGCCCUCUUCUCAUUCCUGUCUAUGUGUACAGCUGUGAACUGAAGAAUCUCACUAACUCUCUGGUGGACAGGUCAGUAGAGUCAUUGGAACAGCUACAGUCAGGCCAAACUGAUGUUGCUAAUAGAUUUAAAUCAAAUCAAAUAUUUUGAGCUAUGUUUAAAAAAAAAAAAUAUAUAUAUAUAUUACAUGACCUGCAAAAUGGUUUAUAUUUGAAUAAAACUGGAUAAUCUUUAUGUUUUCAGAUUUUUCUUAAAUAUUAUCUAACAGGUCUAUCACCGGUGCCCAUGAGGUACAGUAGAAGAAUGGCUAUGUACAAAUAAUAUGUCUUGUCUUCCAAUGUGUCUUUUUAUUGUUGUUUUUCUUCUUCUUAAUAUUAAGGGCCCACGAACAAUUUAUUGAUAAUUCUGACUCCUAUGCAUGUAGAGGGGAUUUGCAAUGUCUCUGUGCCUGGUGUUGAUGAGGAUAUUUCACUGGUUGCAAGGGCUACUUUGUGGGGGUGUCAUGCACUGGCGGUUGGAAGGCCUGAGGCAUAGACGCAAAUGUGUCAAGUGUUUUUGCCUCAACUGUUCCUUUGUUGUUUUUGAUUGUCAUCAAUUCAUUUUAUGUCAUUUGUCAUCUGAAUUUUUGUUCUGUUUAUGAGAAUGGCAUCACAGCCACAUCCACAGAGAUUGGGGGGGGGGCUGGGGGGGGGGUGUUGUUCAAAAGCAGACAGACUCAGACAACAAAAAGAAAAAGGGGUGGGGUUAAAGUGUGUUGUUUGUUUGUAUUUGUUAUACCCUGCUAUAGGCCCACUGGGUGUAUUCCUCUAUGGCUGACCUAUUUAUGAAAUUUAAAAAAAAAUUAUAAUUAUAAACCAUUAAGAAUGUAGAAAAAAUUUCAUAUAGGCGAUCACUUUAAAUAUUUGGUUGCUUUCCUUCAACAAAUAUAAACAAUGCAAGUUUUUUCUCUGGUUGAUGUUAUCCAGAGAUUUAUUUUAGGGGCCAUGGGUAUAUUACGAAUGCAAACAAGUAAAAUUUUAGACCCCCCUCCCCUUUGAUGCAUCUCUCCUUUUUGGGCAACCCUCCUUUUUGGGCACCCCUUCUUUGAGCGUAUUUACAAUUAGCUUCAGGCCCCCCCCCCCCCACCAGCUAUACGGCUAGCCAUAAUUUUAUUUCAAUAAAGUUUUAUAUUAUAUAGUUAACUUAAUUCGUGAAGCACAUGUAUUAUAUACAAAGUAAAUGCAGCAGUUGUUAAUAAAAUUAUCAGUGGCCUAGCUAGCCAAAAGUGCCCCCCCCAAGGCAGGGCAAGAUUUUUGCCUUCCACACUAAAACAAACUCUGCAGUUAUCCAAAAUGGCGCCAGGGGCGGUUCACCCCCUCGGCACCCCUCUUCCUACGCCAGUGACUAUUAUUGAAUGUUUGCUGUGAUGAUGAUAUCUGCACUUACGCCCAUCAGUUGACCAACAGCUGACGUACACACUACUAAAAUAAUGUGAUCUUGGAUUUCAUAUUAAAAAGUCAUUGAUUUUUGGAAAUGACCUACCUGGAAUUCCGCUAAGCCCUUUAAAGAGUGUGGUAUAGUUGACACACGAUGCCAGUAACUACUUGUAUUCAUUUGCUGUUAUUUUAUCAUUACAUUUAUGAAAAAAAUUAUGAAUACAAAUUCUGGAUUUUACAAAAAAUUGUAAUUAAAAAAAAAUGUUUUGAAUAUCUGGAUACUGAAAAUAAAAACUAGUUUUCAGUUUCUUAAAGUUUUUCUUAACAAUUUUUUAUUGAAAGGUGGACCUUCAGUCUUCCUGACGAUAUUUUUGAGGAUAUGUCUUUCAAAAAAGAUCCAUCUGAUGAGGUCAGGUCUCCCCGAUCUCCUAGGAGCCAACUUCAGUCAUUUGAUGAAAACACGGAUGACCAGGACGACAGAGACUCCUGGAGAAGCUCACUCGACCGCCGGUCGACAGACAGCAAUUCGCACAGAAUAGAUUCUUUUAAAGAACAUUGCAAGUCACUCACCGAGAUGUACUUCAACUCUUUUGUGUUAGGUAAAAUGUGCUUAACAUUUGUGUGUGUUUUCCAUUUUUUAAAGUGAGUUAGAUUGUGGCUAGUAAAUUAGUCCCAAGUUUGUGUAAGUUGCAUGAAGUACGUGUGUCUCAAGGGAAUGUGGUUUCUAUUAGUUGUAAGAGAAUACCUCGGUUACAUUAAAUCAGAUCCUGUGUUGUUAGUUAUUGCGUAGUUACUUGUGUACUCGCUGAAGACAUAAACAUGUCGUCAAUGACUUGUUUUAUUUCUAGGUGUGUUCCUCAGCCUAAGACAGAGUUACUUUGUUGACAGCCAAGAUGUGGACUCUGCCAUCAACAAUAUUUGUGAAGAAUCCCAUCCCCUGGAAACAGACAUGACCACCUACCUGUUGGCCUCAUGCUCCCACCUGCUGCAUAUGGUCCAGAAGGCCAGGCUCAGAGAGAAAUCCAGUGGGGAGGUGGGGCUCAGAGCUGGUCCAACUUAUCAUAAACAAGUGUCUGUCAGGUUCCAGGACAUCAUAGACAUCCACAAGUUAGUGCUGGUCCCUACUCUUGGGUUUGUGGGUUGGUUUGGCGGGAUUUUGAGUGGGCCGACGGCGGGGAGAAUUCUGGAAUGAGAUUUUGAUAAAAAUUAACUAUUACUAAAUCCUAUCCCUAUGAUGAUGUAAUCACGAUCUGAUUUUACCUUGCACCUGGUAUCUCUGACUCCUCUUUAACAUUGUCCCCACUGAUAACCAUGACAUCUUUGAAACACUAUGAUUUAUGUUUGUCUAUCAGAGAAGAUGAAGCCCCGAGAAUCCCAGAAGUCUUGCAAAUGCCAAAUCAGUCACUGGACAUCACAGAGGAUGAGUGGUCAUCUCUGUCCCCUGACCAGUGCCAGCAGUUGAAAGAGCACCAUCAGCUGUGUGAAACGAUCAAGGCAAAGUUUGCAGAGGCCAUCGGUCAAUGCCUGCGUCCAGUUCCAUCCUUAGCAGAUUUUUAUUUCUAUUGUCCCAAUGUCGUCCCGAUGAGUUCGGCUGUAAGUAAACAAUUCUUAUGAUAAUCUCUGAUUGCCUGCAGGAGUUGCAGGACUUUAAUAUGACACUUUAAGGAAAACUUCACACAGUGAGCUCACUUUUUUAAAACAAAAAAACUGGUUGUGUGGCUCUGUCUACUAUUAAAUCUAUGUAAUAAAUACACCUUCAAAAAGAACUCCAAAAAUAAACACAUGCCUGAAAUCAGCCUUGACCACUUUUGUCCUUAAAACCACUUGACCACUUUUGUCCUUAAAACCACUUGACCACUUUUGUCUGUUUUUGGUGGGAAAAGACCUUGUAACACAAAGUUAGGCAAAAUGCUUCGGAAGUUCAUAACUGACAAGAUAGCAGAAGGAGACAUUGGUAUUGGGAUAUAAAAUGCUACUGUCUGGAAGGCAUGGAUAUUGGGAUAUCACGUGCAACAGUCUGUGAGGCAUGCAUAAUGAUAUCACAUGCAGCUGUCUGGGGGACAUGUGUAUUGAUAUUCCAAGCAACUGACUGGACCACAGAAUGGCUUGGAGGCAUGGGUAUUGGGAUAUUAUAUGCAACUAUCUGGGAGGCAAGCGGUAUUGGGAUAUGACAUGCAACUAUCUGGGAGGUAAGCGGUAUUGGGAUAUAACUUGCAACUAUCUGGGAGGCAAGUGAUAUUGGGAUAUGACAUGCAACUAUCUGGGAGGCAAGUGGUAUUGGGAUAUGACAUGCAACUAUCUGGGAGGCAACUGGUAUUGAGAUAUGUCAUGCAACUAUCUGGGACGCAAGUGGUAUUGGGAUAUGUCAUGCAACUAUCUGGAGGCUUUGGUAUUGGAAUAUGAAAUGCAACUAUCUGGAGGCUUUGGUAUUGGGAUAUGAAAUGCAACUAUCUGGAGGCUUUGGUAUUGGGAUAUGAAAUGCAACUAUCUGGAGGCUUUGGUAUUGGGAUAUGAAAUACAACUAUCUGGGGGCUUUGGUAUUGGGAUAUGAAAUGCAACUAUCUGGGGGCUUUGGUAUUGGGAUAUCAAAUGAAACUAUCUGGGGGCUUUGGUAUUGGGAUAUCAAAUGAAACUAUCUGGGGGCUUUGGUAUUGGGAUACGAAAUGCAACUAUCUGGAGGCUUUGGUAUUGGGAUAUCAAAUGAAACUUCCUGGGAUGCUUGCCAUUUAUUCAUUUUUGCCAUUGGAUUUAUUUUCUUUCAACUGUUUGUUUCCUCAGGAUGGUCUUGAUGACAAGGAUGAUGAUUUUGAAGAAAAUGAAG